CCAUUGCUCAUCGCCACCACGCGCACCAUCAUCGCAUACAGAUCAUAGCGACUGAAUCUUGCCCGUCUACCAUACAACAAACCGACCAUGUCUUUCUCUCUCUUCGGUGGCGGACGCCCGCAGCCCUCAUCCGCGGAAAAGAUCGCAGCAGCAGAAGCCGAGAUUGAGAUGGUAUCCAACAUGUUCAACCAAUUAGUCGACACAUGCACAAAGAAGUGCAUUCCCAACCAGUACCGCGAAGGCGAACUCAACAAGGGCGAAUCCGUCUGCCUCGACCGCUGCGUAUCAAAGUUCUUCGAGGUCAACAUCAAAGUGUCGGAGAAGAUGCAAGGAGAGGCGGCACAAAGGCAGGGAGGUUCGGGAAUCUUCAAUUGAUCCGUGGCCGAGAUGAGGAGACGGAAAAGAGCAGCAGGGAGGCUUGAUGCAUUGUGAUCUGCUUGGCUGGACGGUGGAUCAGGGCGCCGGGGCGGUCUGUCCCGGCAACGACACAAGCUACGGCGGCAGCGUGUACGAUAAGACAGAGUAUGGGCACAGGCAGCGUCGCAUCAGGAGAACUGGAAAACCCCGGGGAGUGUACAUACACGCUCAUGAU